AUGGCGAGCACAGAAGAAGAGCAAGACUUGAAGGAGGCCAUUAAGGCCUCUUUAAUAUCGGCCGGCACGCGUGCGCAGACUGCGGAGCAGACUGAUAGCUCCGAUCGGCUUGGUACGGAACCCAUUGCGAGAAUCGACGACUAUGUCCCCGUCACGCUUGAAUCCUCGACGCUACCGUUACAUUUGCAACCACAAAUCAUGCAAGACGUACCCUAUCGGCAAAGAAUUGCCAUUCAACGAUACAAGAUGCACUUUACCGAGGUAGAAUUUAACGAGGGGGACACGCUCGUUUUCGUCGACUUCCCCGAGCCAAGCAAAGGUGACAUACCAGUGGACUGCGAGGGAGCGCCCUUCCGCUCGCAAAAGUUUCGCGUGCAUUCAGAGAGGUUGCUGGCGACAGGCUCUUCGAAAUUUGCCGAAAUGCUCCAGCCGACAUAUCAGUUUCGUAUUUUCCGCCGCCGAGAGUUGGUUAACAAACUGCCCGAAGGCGUCAAAUAUGUCUUGGAUAUGACACCACCACCUGAGGGCGACGAAAUGGUGUUUCAAGUUACAGAACUGUCCCUCACACCUGGAAUUAUCAAAUGGUGGUCCUCUUAUGCCAGACUAAAUGCCCCAUUCUAUCUCGUCAAAGGUCACGACGAUGUCUGCCCUUGCAGACGCCUCGCCAACUGCUUCACGACUGCUGCAUCGACGAAGCCUGCUGCUGUCAGGGACAGUCAGGCGAGACCAGCCAAAGAAACCAACUCUGCCUUAAAGCUUCCUCUUACUGUGUCAGAACUUGUACUCGCCCGAAACCGCGGACAAGAGCGUCAGGUCGAGGACGUACCCACUCACUUCAAUAUACCAGACUAUUGUCCUAUUCGGCACCGCAACGGCAUCAUCCGCUUGCUGAUGCUGAUUGAAGACAAAGAAGUCUUUAUUGACUCUGCUAGUCGAUUAUGGACCAUUGUAGCACUUGCUAAGAUAUGGGAUUGCGUAUCCGCUGUCCAGGAUCCAGUGAUUCAAUGGAUGUUGCAGGGCAAGAACAGCAAAUUCAUCGAAGUCCUUCCGGAGGAAGCCAUCAAGAUUGGCGGCAUCAUUGAAAACUCUCAGAUAACCCAAACAGCCUUUAGAGUCCUCGUCAACGAGCUUGCAUUUGAGCAGACAGCCAGCGACGAGAUGAAGCAAAAGAUGGACUUUAAUCACGUCACUUUUUUCGGCAGAAGGAAAGGUGACCCUGGCGACGAAUUCAGCAAUUUGAUUCAACACGCUACCUUGGCACUUGUUGAGCGUAUCGGGAAGCGUCUUACCGAAUUUCAAGGGCACGAUGUUUUCACGUCGUGGGAUUAUCCCGAAAACCCUACUCUCGUCAAAAUCGAAGAGGCACUGGCGUCGGCGUCUGCGCAGUCAUGCAAAGAGGCUCUGAAGCUCAUUAUGGACCUCAAGACACAGCUCAAAUUAGAACUGAACAACGAUGGUCAAGAAAAGUGUCGACGCCAUCAUCUAUUACCUACAGUGGAUCAGAAACAAAUUGAUGCGGACAGAGCUACGUACACGGAACCGCAAGACUUUUCAGAGUUUCGAGAUAUUUACAGAACCAUGACGCCAAUACAAAAGUUGAUGACGUGCUAUCCGUACAAGCAACCAGAGUCAUUCACGACCUGGGCUGAUGGUAGCUUGGUAGAAAACUCGUCGUUCUCCCCGGCUAAAUUUACAAUUUGCCUGGGGAAAGAGCUGGCCGAGCUCUACGACCGCUACAGAGACCGCCAUCCAUGGAAUGGAAAGAUUAGCUCCAAGUUUAUGCAUGCCCUGUCUGAAGAAUGGCGCGACGCGCAAAGCUGCUCCCACCCGUUUGGGCAGAGAAAUCUGGAUUUGCGUGGGCGCUGGAAGCCGGAAAAGACUGCGGAGAACGACCUGGAGCUGCAGCUCAUGCACACCAAACACCUCCUGUAUACGUUGACGAGCAAUGAGACCAAGUUCCUGCCGCUGUGGGCGGGCGGAUGCAACGACGGCACCGGCGGAGUGUUCGAGGACCCACUGCCGCCCGCCGACAUGGGUCCCAGCGGGCCCGGCCCGGCAUACCGCACCGGCCUCACGAUCCCCUCGGCCGCGUCGAGCCUUUCAGGCUCCUUUGUUGAAGAUAUGGCGGAGACGCGCCUGGUAGGCAGCACGACGGCGGCCUCAGUCGACGUGCAUGACGGCGCGGCAUCGACCGUGUAUGGGCACGACCAGGUCAUUGCUGACGACGCCUCGGUUGCAGCGGAGACUUUUGAUUCGGACCUUUCCGACUACCACGAGGCGCGGGAAGUGAUUGGUGCGCCGGGGCAGAGUAGCCGGGAGGAUACAGUCCCGCAGAGCUUUGACUACUUCCUACUGGCGGCAGAUGGCGGCUCGGACUCGGACGCUACCAUCGGCUGCGAUGAUCUGAAAGCGAUUGAUGGCGACGACGACGACGACGACGACGACGUUGACGAUGACGAUGACCGCUAUGACGAUGAUGAUGAAUUGUACUUGUUGAGCCAGGAAGAAUCUGUGGCUGAGUGGGAAGGAGCGGAUGCUGAAAUGGUUACUGUCUAG